ACAUCGGCCUAGAAUAUAAUACCUGGGCUGAACCAUAUGUCGACCGGACCACUGGCCCGUCCCUAGAUCUAUACCUGGGAUGCACGUCGUGUUGACUUACGGCUGAUUUCUCCGCCUCUGGUAAAUAUAAAUCGUAUCAAGCCACAGUGACAGGUGUAACUUGUGUCCAGCCAUCCAGGAGAAUCAACUGUGCUUCCGACACCUACAUUGUCAGCAUCCCUUCCGGUCGCAAUGGAGACCACCCGUUCCCUGGCCCUCCUGUCCAUGCUUCUACUGGUACCACUUGUCCUUAGUGGGGAUUUGGUGGACACGGAUCAAACAAAUGAUGUCCCUGACUGCGAUGUAAAGGAGAAUAACAUGACCCUGGUUAGCGACAAUGGCCGUCUGAUUCGAUGUCUGGACUGUAAGAAUGUUGCUGCCAGUGAAGACCACAGCACCGACGAGGUGUGCAAAUGUCCAGAGUGGAGCAUGUGUUACGCCAGGGAAGAAGUCGAAAACUCCAAUGUGUUCGAGUAUUUCUGCACGACACCAUUAGAUUUGAGCUCGAUGAAUAGUGGGUUAUACCUGGAGGAUGAACAGUAGCCAGAUGGAAGACAUUCGAACACUAACUGUACUCUUCUCUACAUUGUUCUCGUCGUCAUGGGAUAUUUCUACUGUUGAAAAAUCGCUUUCCUAUAAUUAGUCUUUUACUUUAUUUGGAUUGGGUUGAAAUGUGAUCAAAGUUGUAACUGAAAUAAAAUCUAUCUCUGGUUAUA